AUGAUAGCCACCGGUGGCCUCCUGAGGAUUUCCGCCAGAAAGCAGGAUCCCCUCCGCCCCCCAACCCAGGUCCCCAAGCGCAAGCGGAAAGCCAAGAAAAGGCGCAAGAACGAUGUGGUGGUGGUGAAAGGCAAGCUAAAGCUGUGCUCCAUCUCGGGGCUCAUUGCCCUCUGCGGGAUCCUAGUGCUGCUGGUGGGCAUAGCCAUGGCGGUGGUGGGCUACUGGCCCAAGGCCAACGGGACCAACAGGGAAGGGGGUAAGCAGCUGCCGCCCGCAGGCAGCGGCCACCGCGCCCCGACCACGGCCAAUAGUAGCGGCAGUGGCAGCAAAAACCGGUCCAGGAGCCACCUGGGGACUCCGGGGGGUGUCAACUCGAGUUUGGUGGGCGCGCCCCGGAGCACACCUCCCGCGCGGUCCGCCGGCCGUUCGUCCCCUUCCACAUCUGUGGGUUUCUUCUUCCGCAUCUUCUCCGGGUACCUGCACUCUGACAAACUCAAGGUCUUAGGGCCCCUCAUCAUGGGCAUCGGCAUCUUCCUCUUCAUCUGCGCCAACGCGGUGCUCCACGAGAACCGAGACAAGAAGACCAAGAUCAUCAACCUGCGGGACCUCUACUCCACCGUCAUCGACGUGCACAGUCUCCGCGCCAAAGACCUGGCGGCCGCCGCGGCUGCUGCCGCCGCCGCCGCCUCCUCGUCCUCCGCCCCCGCUUCGGCGCCCCCCGGGGCCCAGCCGCUCAACGGCUUCCUCAGCUACGUGCAGUCGCGGGGCCUGGAGCUGAAGCCCGGGAGCUGCGGCGGCAGCGCGGGGGACGCCUUCGGGGCGGGGGCGAUGCUGGCCAGGGGCUCGUGGCCCCACCCCGCCGCGCUGGGCGGGGACGGCGGCGGGGCCAAGGGCGCCGCGUCCCCGCCGGACCUGGCCUCGUCCCCGCGCUGCCCGCGGGAGCCCCCGAGCCUGGCGGAGGCCGUGUACAGCAUCUACCGCGAGCGCUCGGGCGUGGCCAGCCGUCGCCGGGCCGCCGCCGCUGCCGCCGCCGCGGUGGCCGCUGCCGCCGCCGCCACCGCGGCCGCCAGCAGCAGCGGCAGCCCGGCGCCCUGCAGCCCACCCGAGAGCUGGGGGCGCCAGAGCACCGCCAGCUCCCUCGUGGGCUCCUCGCUGAGCGCCUUCGCGCUGCUACCCUUGCAAGGGGACCGCGACGGGGACGGGGAUGGAGCCGGGGAUGGGGACGGGGACGCGGAGGGCGCGAGCUGCAGCUGGCAGAGGCCGCCUGGGGAACGUGGCUCCCGGGAGAUUCCGCGGGGCGAGCUUGACCUGAGCUUGACCGACCUCCGUGGUGCCCCGGGCGGCUCGCGCUGGGCGCCCAGAGAGCUGGAGGAGCCGGAGGGCGCGGCGGCGGCGCGCACCGCCAGGGGGCCUGGUGGCCGCCUGCCCAGGACCGGCAGGUACGCGGCCCUACGGCGCCGCAGCACCAGCGGGCUCCCGGACUACCGGGCGCCACCGUCCCCGGAGCCCCCGCCCUCCCCGGGCAGCGCGGAGCUGGACUCGAGCCUUCUGGCCAAAGCUGCCUCCCCGUCCCCGUCCCUGCGGCUGGAGGACUCGCCCCCUGCCAGGCCGGACUCGCCGAGCUCCCAGUCGGAUGACCCAUCCUGCUGCAAUAAGGGCUACACCCCCCUGCGGGAGGCUGGCACCUCUUUGGAGUCGGUUGUGGAAGCAGUAGCCAGCAAAAGCCCAGACUGUGAGGGCCCCACGGCCCCGGGGGCGCAGCAGAGGCACCCCGAGGAUCCCAGGCCACCCGCGGGCCCGUCACCUCAGCCGGUGCAGAGGCAGUUUACAAACAAGGAGAAACUCUUCAUGAUUUCCCGGUCUCACGCCAUAGGGGUAGAGGAUGGAGAACUGGAAAGUACUGGCAUUUAG